UCUCUCUCUCUCUCUCUCUCUCACUCAGAGAGAUCACUCUGUUCUGGCUGGGUUUAUCAGAAAUUUUAGCUGAUAAAUCAUAGCAGCAUUGCCAUUUUGUUUACAUAUAUAUAUACACAUACAGCCUCUAGUCCAGAACAGAUCCAUACCUCUCCUUUGGGUUUCUUAAUUUACAGGAGAUUUUUUUUUUCCCUUUUUUGAAACCGUAAAUUUUGUGUAUUUUGUUGCUUAUAAUGCAGAGGUUUGUGAGACUCUGUUUUAUGGCUCCCCUGUUUGUGCUUCUUGGGCUUCUUCCUUUAGCUUUUGGUGGCCAUGACUAUGGACAAGCUCUCAGUAAGAGCAUUCUUUUCUUUGAAGCUCAGAGAUCUGGUUACCUUCCUAGUUCUCAGAGAGUCCAAUGGAGGGGUAAUUCUGGUCUCAAUGAUGGCAAGACUAAUGGGGUGGAUCUGGUAGGAGGGUACUAUGAUGCAGGGGACAAUGUGAAGUUUGGGCUACCAAUGGCAUUCACAAUUACAAUGAUGUCAUGGAGCAUAGUUGAGUAUGGUAAGCAAAUGGCUGCAAGUGGAGAGCUCAGUCAUGCCAUGGAUGCUGUUAAGUGGGGCACUGACUACCUCAUUAAAGCUCAUCCCCAACCCCAUGUCCUCUAUGGAGAGGUGGGAGAUGGGGACACAGACCACUACUGUUGGCAAAGGCCUGAGGAAAUGACAACCUCAAGGCAGGCCUACAAGAUCGACCCAAGCAACCCUGGAUCCGACCUCGCCGGCGAGACCGCAGCCGCCAUGGCCGCCGCCUCCCUCGUCUUCCGCCACUCCAACCCUUCCUACGCUAAUGAGCUCCUCACCCAUUCCCAGCAGCUAUUCGAGUUUGCGGACAAAUACAGAGGCAAAUACGAUGCCAGCAUCACCGUGGCUCAGAAGUACUACCGAUCUGUCAGUGGAUAUGAUGAUGAGUUGUUGUGGGGUGCAGCAUGGUUGUACAUGGCAACAAACAAUCAGUAUUACUUGAGCUAUCUUGGCAACAAUGGUGAUGCUCUUGGUGGGACAGGUUGGGCCAUGACCGAGUUCGGAUGGGAUGUCAAGUAUGCCGGUGUUCAAACUCUUGUUGCCAAGUUAGUAAUGGGAGGAAAAGCUGGUAAUUAUGCAUCAGUCUUUGAAAAAUACCAGCAAAAUGCAGAGUAUUUCAUGUGUUCAUGCCUCGGAAAGGGCAACCGCAACGUUCAGAAGACUCCCGGAGGCCUUAUUUUCCAGCAAAGUUGGAACAACCUGCAGUUUGUGACCAGUUCUUCUUUCCUCCUUACUGUUUACUCCGACUAUCUCACCUCAGCUGCGAAAAACCUCAACUGUGCUUCUGGCACUGUCUCUCCAUCUGAGCUUCUUUCAUUUGCAAAAUCUCAGGUGGACUAUAUUCUUGGAGACAACCCAAGAGCUACAAGUUACAUGGUGGGUUAUGGAAGCAACUACCCAAGUCAAGUUCAUCACAGAGCUGCGUCGAUUGUGUCCAUGAAGGUUGACCCUACAUUCGUUACUUGCCGAGGAGGUUAUGGCACUUGGUUUAGCAGGAAGGCAAGUGAUCCAAAUACCCUAACCGGUGCUGUUGUUGGUGGACCUGAUGCUUAUGACAACUUUGCCGAUCAAAGAGACAAUUAUGAGCAAACAGAGCCAGCUACAUAUAACAAUGCUCCUCUUCUUGGCAUAUUAGCAAGACUACAUGGUGGUCAUAGCGGCUAUAACCAGCUCCUUCCAGUGACCCUUCCAGCUCAUAAAACCCUGCCAAGCCCAGCUCCAGUACCCAAAAACGCACCACCACAAGGUUCAUCUUCUGUCCCCAUUGCCAUUGAACAGAAGAUGACAACUUCAUGGAAUGCCUACGGCAAAACUUACUACAGAUAUUCAACAAUCGUGACCAACAAGUCUGCUAAGACACUGAACAGUCUCAAUCUUUCGAUAUCCAAGCUAUAUGGUCCUCUAUGGGGCCUCACAAAGUCCGGUGAUUCAUAUGGUUUUCCAGCAUGGAUCAACUCUUUAUCUGCUGGAAAGAGCCUCGAGUUUGUUUACAUCCAUCCCGCCUCUCAAGCUGAUAUUUCAGUCUCAAGCUACAAUUUGGUCUGAGGAAAUAAGAGGUUCACACGGUAUUCUGAAAUUUGUAAUGCAAGAUUGUGCAGCUAUACAAGAUGUGCAGUCCAGAAAGGUCUUUCUUUUUAGUAGUAAUUUUUCAAUUACUUGUUGAAUUGGAAUGAGUAGGUUUUAGAUAGACUUACGUAAAUAAGGUUGAAGAUGGGAGGAAGAAAGGAGUGAAGAGACAAUUAAACAAGUGUGCUCAUCCUCUUUCACCUCCACUUCAUUGGUUACAUAUAUAGAUUUGAGAGAGAGCAGCAGUGAAAGAGUGAGAAGUGAAGAAAAUCAAUUGUUGAUGAAAUCGGAGUCUUUGUUUCUUUGUACUUCAACACAGCUUUGAAUUUUAUUUUUUCUUUCCAUCUUUUUUUUUUCUUUCUU